CUCGAUAUACCAAUCUACUUUGAGUGUAAACUAAACGAGCCAAUGCAAAUUGGCAUGCAAUUAUUGUUGCAUAUACCAGUCUCCCACCUGUCGAAAGAGAUUUCUGACACAUUUAAGCUUUCUUCACAAAAAAGCAAUUUUGAUGACUGCACAGUUUAAUGAUCACAUGUUGAUUUCCCUUUAUCUGCUAUGUAUGCAGUCAAGAAACACUUACUUAGAACUUAAGAAGGUCAAGUUACCACAUGACCAGCAGAAACCACAAUUAGCACAUUGCCUUUAUGUCUAUGUUUUAAGAAAUAUUUUCCCCUAAAAUACUUCUUUUAAAAACUGCAUGCAUAUUAGUAUUUACUGAUGGUAGGUGCUGUACUUACUUGCAAUUAUUUGUCUGAAAAAUUAAAAGUAGAUUGUGAAAUCAACUCUGAAAGAAAAGAUCAGUCGGGGAAAAAAUAUAUGAUACAGCACUUUUUGACAAACACAUCCUACUGGUUCCUCACAUCGUUCAUUUCAUCUCUGGUGAUGUUCAUUUUGUCAUUGCUCAUCUGUUUCUUUCUAGUUUAGGAUAAAUCCAUCCAGAUAUGAUAAACUUUGGAUUUUUGCUUCUCUUUCUAAUCGGCCUUACUGAAUCACACAUGAAUAAACCACCUGUGUUUGCCAAACUGGGGGAAAUCGUUAAUAUGUCUUGCUUUUACCAAAGCCUAAUGGCCAUGCACUUCUCAUGGUACAAGCAUAAACUUGGAGAGAAUCCCAGGCUCAUCUCCACCAUUUACAAGUAUGACAACAAAGCCCGGUUUUACCAUGAUUUCCAGAAUAGUUCACGCUUCUCUGUGCUGAAUGACAAGGGUUUGCAUCAUUUGGUGAUAAAAAACAUACAGCUCUCUGACUCUGCUACAUACUACUGUGGAAGUGCUUAUUCCAAUGUAAUGGAAUUUGUCGGAGGAACAGAAUUGAUAGUUGAAGGGUUGAAAAGCCACACUGUUAUAAAACAACCUGCUUUAAUUCCAUCACAUCAUGGAGAUUCAGUGAGUCUUAACUGCACGGUUCUAAAUAAGAAAUGUGUGGGGAACAACAGUGUGUACUGGAUCAUUCAGGAAUCAGAAGAAUCUCACCAAACAUUCGUUGCCGCACAUGGAACAAGUAUUGGUCAUUGUGAGUUGAGCUCCGAAGCUGAUUUUAGAGCCCAUAGAUGCAUUUACAGCUUCUCUAGGAAAGACCUCAAACUUUUUGAUUCUGGGACUUACAACUGCACUGUUGCUGCAUGUGGGGAGAUGCUGUUUUGGAAUGACGCCAAACUGGACAUUAUAGGUGCUGAUUUAGCAGAACAGAUGAUGACUUUUGUCAUUCUUUCCAUUGUUAGAACAUUCCUUCUUUUAAUUACUGUUGCCACAAUUACUUUUUGGUACUGCAUCAAUUCAAAAAGAAAUUCAAAAGAUGGCUGUUCUCCAUCUGCCAUUGCUUUCUAAGAUACACAGUCCAACCUGAAGGAAGACCAGGUCUGUUGAGGAAAUCAGCUUCUGAUCAUCCAUAAUAUGUAGCAAAGCAUGAUAAACAAAGACAUCAUUUGAACUUAUUAACUUUUGUGUCAUGUAACGUAAUGUUUUAUUUUGAAAUGAUAAUAUAACAUAAUAUGUAGCAAAGCAUGAUUAAAAAAAAAGACAUCAUUUGAACUUAUUAACUUUUGUGUCAUGUAACGUAAUGUUUUAUUUUGAAAUGAUAAUAUAACAUAAUAUGUAGCAAAGCAUGAUAAAAAAGACAUAAUUAGAACCUAUUAACUUUUGUGUCAUGUAACGUAAUGUUUUUUCAUAUUAGAAAUAAACUGUCCAAUGCUGAACCAUGUUUGUUUCUGAUUCUCAGAGCAAUACAAAACUACCGUGGCAUUUUGCUCUAUCAAACUCAUGUCUUGUAAAUUAGGUUUAAUAUCUGAA